GCCCCUCGGCCUGGGCCCACCCCGCGCUCCGGCGGCCCCACCCCGGCGGCGCCGCCCGCCCGUCCGCCCGCGCGUCCGUCCGUCCACCUGCAGCAGGCAGUCCCUCUGGUUGUCCGAUCGAGCGGCGCCGGCCGAGCCCGAGGCCAGGGCUCUUGCUCCCCGGCGGAGGGAUCCGCGGCGGCUGAGGAGGCGGCGCUGAGAAUUGGUAGAAGAGGCAGCUACGGCGGCGGCGGCGGCGGUAGCGGCGGCGGCUCGGGCGGCAUCGCAUAAAGGGGCCGCCGCCGGGUGAUGCGGUGACCGCUGCGGCAGGCUCAGGAGCCGAGUGGGCCGCGGCCCUCAGUCCAUCCUGCCGAACCCGCGCUCCCGAACUGCCCAUCUUCUCCAGCCGAGCCGCGAUCACCGAGGCGGCCUCCUGCCCCCUCGCCCCUUCCCCGUCCCUCCCCUGUCCCCGUCCCCGCCCCGGGGGCCACCGCCACCCGCCUCCCACGAUGGCUCUGAAGAGAAUCCACAAGAUACUUGGUGCUUCCCAUGGACCAGGCAUUGUGCAGAAAGGCUGGAUGGAGGAAUUGAAUGACCUGGCACGGGACCCCCCAGCACAGUGUUCAGCAGGUCCUGUGGGAGAUGAUAUGUUCCAUUGGCAAGCUACGAUAAUGGGGCCAAAUGACAGUCCCUAUCAGGGUGGAGUAUUUUUCUUGACAAUUCAUUUCCCAACAGAUUAUCCUUUCAAGCCACCUAAGGUUGCAUUUACAACAAGAAUUUAUCAUCCAAAUAUUAACAGUAAUGGCAGCAUUUGUCUUGAUAUUCUACGGUCACAGUGGUCUCCAGCACUAACUAUUUCAAAAGUACUCUUGUCCAUCUGUUCUCUGUUGUGUGAUCCCAAUCCAGAUGAUCCUUUAGUGCCUGAGAUUGCUCGGAUCUACAAAACAGAUAGAGAAAAGUACAACAGAAUAGCUCGGGAAUGGACUCAGAAGUAUGCGAUGUAAUUAAAGAAAUUAUUGGAUAACCUCUACAAAUAAAGAUAGGGGAACUCUGAAAGAGAAAGUCCUUUUGAUUUCCAUUUGACUGCUUUCUAUGAGCCCACGCCUCAUCUUCCCCUGUGCACAUGUUUACCUGAUACAGCAGUGCUGCGUGUUGUACAUACUUGGAACAACAAACUAGAAAUACUGUACUUCUGUACCAACAUUGCCUCCUAGCAGAGAAGUGUGUGUGUGACAAGCCAGUUCUCCAAGCGUAACCUAGGUGUGAGACUAAAAGUUUUCCUUACUGACUUAAAUUUGGAUAACGGCAAGGUGAGGGGUGGUGGGUAUGGUGUGUGCUUGGAUGGGGAAGAAAAGCUCCACUGACCUGUAGGAGAUUGUUUUUAAGUGGAAUCCUUUUAAACUCAAAACAGUUAUGAAAAGCAAGGCGAAGAACACGAAGCUGUUUCUGUAUUCAUUUUAUUCCGAAGGACCUCCGUCUUAGGUGAAAGUUAUGACCAACCAGAUUAAACUCUACCCACAUCCUGUAUUUUAAGGUCUAAGUUUAACUGGUCAACAUUUAAAUGGAUUGGAGCUAUUAGUACAUAAAGUGUGAUGGGCUUUGUUCCCACAUCUUUUGCAUCUCCCCACCCUUCAACCUUUGUCCUUUCAGCCCCUUUCUCUCUUCCACAUUCUUUGGUUUGUAUGUGGUUUCUCAGUUAAUACAUAGCUAAUAGCUCUUAUUUUUCUUAUGUUUUUAACUGCUUAGGUCUAUCUGGAUGUAAGGGUGAAAAUUCAUUUGAUGGAAAUACUUGUGUAUAUUUAAAGACCCAAUUGCUCCCCUGGAGCUUGUACGUUCAAGAAUGAUUAAUCUGUGUAAUAAACUGAUUACUACAGUCAUUACAUAUAAUUUUGUGUGAAUAGGCCUUUUGAUUUUAAGAACUUUGUCUAGCAGAGAUUAGUGGUGGGUUUUCCCCCACCCCUAAAAUGUUUUCAUUUAUACUGGUUGCAUUUCAAAAUCAUGAAACAAUUCCAGUUUACAUAGUCAAAAGGAUAUCUUGAAAGUAAUUUUACCGAACAAGGGCAUAAGCUUAAAAGCAUUUCCAUGAAACUUACAUGUGCAGUAUUCCAGGAACAUGACUGUUAAACUAAAUAAGAAAUUUGCUUUAUUAAUGAAACUAAGCUGCAUUUCACCAAAACCUUGUGACAUUCCCUUGGUACAUAGGACAUAAAACAAAGGCAUUGCUAUUUGGUAAGUUAAGCUUCUGUGAUUGUGAUUGUAAAAGAGCAACAUUGACCAAACCUGGGAAACAUGAGCACAAUCUUGUAUUGGAGAGUCUACAUAAUUACUUUGCACUGACAUUGCAGGAUGUUCAUCCAAUUUUAAAUUGUACUGUAUGUGGCUUUUUGAAGUCUUCCCUUGACUCUAGUAAAUUGUAGUUUGAAACUUGUAAACAACUGUGUUUGCCAGAAACAUCAUUCGUGUGAACUAGGCAAGUUACUUUUUUUUCAUCUCCUUCUCCUAAUCUAAUUGUAAACCAGGCCAUCCUGAAGGCCAUGGCUGAUGCUCUCCAGCCAUCAGGUUCUUUCAAAUGCAUCUUCACACUCUUGCACAAAAAUUGAGGAAUAAAUGUCCACUGCUUUUGGUUUUAAA